UCUUCUGACAAUUUUUCUUGUCCAUUGUUUGCAAUAUUAAAAUCGUUACACUUUAAUAUACUUGUGCGUUCAAAAUUUUUAAGGAUUACUCGAUCAAGUACUCGAUUUUUCUGUGCAUUUCUAUCGAAAAAAGCGCCUUUUUCUUUUCGGUCUGAACUUGUUGCGAAAGAUACCCAUCAAUAUAACAUUUCAAAGUUACGGAGUAAAGGGAUUUGCCUGUUUCUUUUUUGUUUUAUUUUGCAGUAAUGGAUAUUAUUGUAGACACCACAGGUCAGACAGAUUUAUUAACAAGAGAUCGUUUAGUAUACAGUGACGAUGAUGAUUUCGACUUUGAAGAUACAGGUACUCAGCGGAGAAAGUUUUUUGAUAUUGAGGAAAAUUUACUAGAAAAUGACGUUCGAAAGAAAAAGAUGACAUUCAAUGUGUCAAAAGACAUUAAUCUCGAUGAAUUCGAAAGUGAAAUGGGAUGGUCAAAUACUGCUCGACGAGAUAAAAAUAAUAAAACGGCCCCAAAUGUGAUAGCUUUAAAACAAGAAGUAAUGGCAAUAGAUGCCAUUGUGAAAAAUAGUGUUAUCAAACCUGGGUCGGAGCAAUUAAAAUAUGUACAUAACGUACACGUAAGCAAAAGAAAACUGCAAGCUAGAAAACAUAGAGAACGGGCUAAAACCAAGGGUACAGGCUGGUUUAAUAUGCCUGCUCCUGAAAUAACUCCAGAAAUUAAACACGAUCUUCAAGUUCUUCAAAUGAGAUCGGUAUUAGAUCCAAAACAUUUUUACAAAAAGAACGAUCUGAAAGUUUUGCCAAAAUACUUUCAAAUUGGUAAAGUUGUCGAUACACCUUUGGAUUAUUAUUCCGGACGUCUUACGAAGAAAGAACGUAAAAAGACAAUUGUGGACGAACUGAUGGCUGAUGCUGAAUUUUCCAAAUAUAAUAAACGUAAAUAUAAGGAGAUCAUUGAUGAAAAGAAGAAGUCGCAUCAUAAAGCUCAUAAGCGUGCAAAGAAACUUAAAGGAAAGAAAAAAUGAUGCUUGUCAUUCCCCCUGUGACCUCGAUGGAAGCACCAUUGAUAUAGGAACUUUUACUAGAUGCUAAAAAUACAAUAACUUCUGCUACUUCUUCCGGC